UUAUAUUAGAUUCCAUGUGCUAGCAUAAAACUUAUUAUUUUCCUGUCAUUUCAGCUUCACAUAUUUCUUCACUUUUAUUAAUUCUAACAUUCAUCCAUUGCAGAGAUAAUGAUUUAUUGUGUGUGCAAAUUCCACAAUACCCUAUUUUGCUUUGACAGCUGUAUUUAUUUCAGUGAGCUAAUUAAUGGGAAUCCCAGUUGUUAAGAAGAUUUUCUGAUGUGUUGACAAAACUCAAAGAAACAGCUGACAACUACAUACUGUUUCCAGGAAGAAAAAAAUUAGUUCUUUUUUCUUUCUUUCUCUCUUUCAGGUAUAGAAUACUGGGAUUGUCCAUUUGAAAGAACAGUGAAUUCAUGCAAAUCUUUCAGUUUCACUUUAAAAUAGUUUUUGUAAUAGUUUAUUUUUAUGAGGAAAACUAGUUGAAGCUAAAAUAAUUCUGUUCUAUUCUGUUAUUUUUGUAGGUAUUGAGCUACUUCCUACAGUGAAUUAAGCAAUGUGAUUAAAGUGAUUAAUUUUCUUUCAUAGUCUUUAUAUGCUCUAUGAUCUGAUAUGUAGGAAUCUUUAAUCUAGCAGCUAACGGCAUAACAAGACAUAGCUAUGGCUGAAAUCAGCAGCUAGAAUCAUUUACAAUUGUGAUUAAAUGCUACUUUUGAAAACAGGGUGAACCUGAACUCAUUUUCUACCAUCUCACUACAGUGAGGGCAAUUAAUAACUGAUGGUGCUUCUCCUAGAAAGCGGCAAAUUCAUCAUCAUUUCUAGCCUUUAAAGCAAAAUUAGAUGUCUUUUGAAAAAAUACUCUGUAGCCUAGUAAAAAAUUAGACUGAUAAUGUUAAUUUGUGGAAAAAAGGGGAAAAAAUCCAAAUAUGAAAUAGUGGGAAACUUUUUGGUGCAUGUUGUAUAAGUUGGAUAAAAUGAUUACAGCGAAUUUUUCUGAUCUUAACAUUCAGUGAAUCUACAAAAAGCUGUUCUAAUAAUACGUGAUACGAUGCAAGCAGAAUAUAGAACAUUUUGAAAUGAAGAAUGACGUUAGGGAAGCAGUUUGCUGUAGCAAUUAGUAUAUGGAUUCACAAGUAAGAAAUUCUGUAUUCUAUUCCCAUAACUGACAUUGAUUAGCAAGUCGCAUUAGGACCUAUUAUCAAAAAUCAGAUAUGCAGCUGAUCAUCUAAUUAUGAUCAUCAUGCUAUUAGCAUAACUGCAUUUGCAAAUCAUGCAUGCAGAGCUUUAGCCUUUGUUUAACCUUGAUCUGUGAUAUGAAAGCUAGCUGCGUUAGGGACGGAGACAACUCGUUUAUUGUAUGAUUUGAGCACAUCACAGUUUUUAAUAUUUAUCCUCACUGGACUCUGUCAAAUUGGGUAUCAUUAUUUAGCCCCAUUUUAAGAAAGUGGAACUGUGGCACAGAGACACAAGGUUCUGAUUUUCAAAGAUGAUUAGGCACUUAAAGGUGUAGAUAAUUUUCCUAAGUCCCAAAGAAGGUUACAACCUUAACUCCUAUCUAAAUUCUUGUGACUUUUUUAGAAGCCUAAAUCACUUUAGAAUUUUGUUCUGCAUUUUGCAAGACUAUAUGAAGUCCAAGUCUAAUCAGAGACUAUGUCCACAUUAGUAAGUAGCACAGACCAAUAAAAACAGAUUAGUAAAGUGAAACUGUCAGUGUUAAGGACCUGGCAUUCACACUACACACAAUUCAGGGGGCUUUAAUGCUGGACUAGUUCUAGUCGUAGCCUGGGGACUGAAUGCUUACCAAAGCUCACCUUCUGUUUACUCUCAUUCUUAAGAAAUCCAGUCUGCGUGGGGCUUCAAGACCACUCCAUUAUACAAAUCAAAGCAUGGCAAGUGAGAAUGAUCAGGCAAUUUGCUUCAGAAGAUCAUGCCUGAACUAAAAUGCUGAUGUAGACUCACUCUGUGAUUCUUAGAACCAAAAUAAUGUAACAAGUGUAUAAAUAAUUGUAUUCCUCUGUGAAAAGGUGGAGAAUAUUGAUGUCCUUAUCUGAAAAGCUGGUAUAAGCAAGCAGAUUUGGUGGUCUGAAAAGUAUGGGGAGAUUGUUUUGUAGUAGCUCAUUGAAAAGCUGCGUAGAAAGAGUUAAUACUCUAACUUGAGAAGGGAUGCCCUUGAUUUAUGGAAGGUUAGUCAGCUUAACAAAACAAAACAUUUAAUACAUGCCCAACUCUGAAAAUAUUGCUGCAUUUUGGAAUAAUUUUAGUAAAUAUUUCAAAUUUCUUUGGCCAGAUUUGUGAGCAAGAGCAUCCAUCCAUAGCAUUGCUCUCACAUUUUCAUGAAUUUUCCACGUGAUGAGAAAAUAACAGAAGAAAUAUCUUAUUGCAGUGUUUCCAAAUGUAUAUGGGUAAAAUGAAAGGAUUUUACAAAAUUAAAUACACUCCAAUGUAAGGAGUUUAAAGAGAGAUUAAAAUUUUAAAGAAUAAAUAUGACUGAAAGUUUCAGGCAGGUAUUUCAAAGAUCUCACGAACUUAUUAAAAUCACUACAUGCUGUUUCAUACUUCUGAAUGAAUUAAUGUUCUCUCUCUUACAUUUUCCAGGAAUAUAUCAUGGACAUAUGAGAGGUACUCUGUGAACUGAUAUUUCUGAUAUUUUUAACCUAAAUAUUUCAAAUUAUUUUUUCCAAAAUAUGAAAUGAACUUCCUUCAUUACUGUACAUGUAAAACAAGCACCAGUCCAUGUCACAUCUGCAGAUGUCUAAGAUUGUCAAAGCUGUUUAGAUUUCCACCCUUUUUUUUCUCAUGUUUUGGUAGUGCUGACAUACUUAAGAAAUAAAUAUAUAUUACUAUUACUUAAGAGAGGUCAUCAAGGGAAUCCUGAAAAUAAAGAGAAAAUACAUCAAUGCCCUAAUAACCUUUUCAUGCCCUGGAAUAUAUUACACAGAGUUGAAAAAUACAGGAUAUAAACAACAGAUAUUGAAAACACCCGAAUGAAUUGAAUAGUGUUAGAGUUCAGUAUCUGAACAUGAAAAAUCUAUAUGGAUUUUAGACCCCAAAAGUUACUUCUUUUUUAUCUGGGCUUUAUUUUGUUUUUCUUUUUAGGACCUGAGUCAUGAUCAUGUUAACAAUAUUGGUUUCUAGUAAUUUUUUGCCACAGUGAAAAGGUGUCUUUAUCUACAACCUUCCCCUAUCUUUGUCUCUGAGCAAAAACUUAGAGCUUAGUAAAAACUUAAGAGAUUUCUGAUAUCAUAAUAAAUCUCUUCAGAGUCUGCUAGACUGAUGGAUAAAUUAAAGGAGAUGGGCUUUUAAAAGUACACCACUCUUCUUUUCGCUCAGUAUUGUAUUUGCAGAACACCUCAGCUGCCUUUUUAGGGUAAAUACGAUAGAUAACAUCCUUUCCAUCACAUUAUUAGUAUAGUCUGGCAGAUAUCGUUGUCUUCCUGUUGAUGAGCCAUAUUGCCUCUUCUGCUGUGCAGAAAAGUGGAACUCUAAACACCUGGGAAAUAGAAGGCUACUUAUCAAUAGUAAGACCUCCUUAACUGCUUUUCCAUAUACACGUUAUCUAAGAGUAUGUGCAAUUUGUGUGUUGUUCUGCCACAGACUUUCGGCCUAGUGCUAUCUCUAGAGAAACUUUGUCUCCCUCUUCUGAAGAUCAAAAGGCGAGUAUGAAAGCUGGGCCAUUUUCUGCUUUCUCCUGUCUGAUCUCUGGAACCUCUGUGCUGGAAUUCCCCUAAGAAAUGGGAAGACCAGAACUGAAAUGAGUAUGUUUAUAGACAGCAUGUCUUUAAAAUGUCUACUUACUAGGAAAUUGUUUUAUUUCUAAUAAAUAGUCUUUACCUCCUCAGAAAUGUAUGGGGCUUAUGAAUAGCAAUUAUUUUGCAAACGUCAGAGCUGGAAAUCUGUUUCACUGAAGCUGAUACAGCCUGAUUUCCAGUGACAAACACCCUAAAUGCUGUCAAUGGCUUCAUAAUGGCAGUCUCAUGGCAUGCUUUAGUAAAUAAUUGCUGUCAAUAGCAUAUGGAAAGUCUCAGUAGAAAAACAGUUGUACCCUUGACAUUUUGGAUAUGAAUUAUUUUAUGUCUGUCAAGAUAUUUGGUACUGCAGAUAUAAAAUGAUAAAGUACCCUUGGUGCAUAGCACAUGGAACAGAUUUUCAAGGUGGCUUCAGAAAGAAUUUACAGUGUAUCUGAAGGAAACACCAGCAAGGAAAAAGUCUGUCUAAGAGAAAAUACUCUGAAGACCUAAUGAAUCUAAUUUACAUGUUGAGAUUUUAGACAAGAAAUACAUGGUGAGAUGAAGCAGUGAGUAGUAGGAUAUGGACUGACCUAUACACAGGCCAUGGUGAAUCCCAGCAGUGCCAAUCUCUCUCUCAUGAUUAAGCAAAGAUGAAGCUGGUAAACAGCAGACAGCAGGGUUUGGAAUUGCUCAGUUUCCUGUGGAUUAUCCUCGCUCACAGAGUUUUUGAAGUCUGAUAGAGCCAAAGAAUCCUGAUAGAUUCUUUGAAAAAGAGAAAGCAGAAGAGAAAAGCUCACAGAAAAGGUGGGGUACUGUUAUAGGAGGUAUGAUCAGCAAAUCCAGGGCCACUCACAUUACCAAAGCAGUUCAUUUCUUAAUUCUUGUUUAUUUUCUCCCCUAGCAUCUAGCAGCAUCCUGUCCCUGCUACAGGUGAGAACUUCAACUCAUAGUAUGUCACCAGCCUACAAAAACCUACACUGAUUGACAGCCACCUCCUUGACUACGGCACUCCACGGAUGAGCAAAGCGCUCUGCAAGGUGGCCCUCCUCCCACAGCUCAGCCAGCCUCAUGAUCAGGUGGAAGAAUAUGUUUCCUUUCCCACUUCCAUGGAGUUUUGGUGGAAGAAAGAUGGACUGAAUUCCUGCUCCAGCAUCCUGUUGCAAGAUAUUUUGUAAAGAGGCCAUAACAGCACCGUCUGGCCUUUGCAGGUACAGAGGUCUGAACAGCUGAAGUCCAGGACAGAGGAACUGCUUGAAUGCCUAGGCCUUUUUCCAACUUUUAUCCUGUGAUUCUUGGGAAGACCUGCAGGAACUGUACGACUGUUAUCUUAUUGACAAAAAGCAGCAAAAACAGCACACAGGCACAAGUAAAAGCGCUGGUGCUUAAGUGAAACAAAUCUUCAUGCACACGCCUUCAAGCAUUUAGGAGCUAUACAGGUCUGUGGAAGUACUUAAGUGAUAUCCCUCACAAUCUGAAAAGAAGACUCCAUGCAAGGCUGUCCUCAUGGUGCAUGACCAGCUCAGCUGCCAGCAAAAGCAGGUGCUCUCCCCCUACCAGUGCUCCAGAGGAAAUAUUUAGGAAUGGAAAACCUGAUGUUUGUCUACUGCUCCUGUAAAAUUAUCUGGACAUUGCUUAUAACAAUUCUAGGUUAUGCCAGCAGUUUGCCUGUGGGUGAUGAUUCUAUUUGCACAGCAGAGGAACUUGCUAAGUACAGCAUAAUCUUUACAGGGAAAUGGAGUCAGACUGCUUUCCCUAAGCAGUAUCCACUUUAUAGGCCCCCAGCACAGUGGUCAUCAAUGCUAGGUGUUACUCAUAGUUCUGACUACAGCAUGUGGAAAAAAAAUGAAUAUGCCAGCAAUGGUGUUCGUGAUUUUGCUGAAAAGGGUGAAGCAUGGGUAUUAAUGAAGGAAAUAGAAGAAGCUGGAGAGAAAAUUCAAAGUGUACAUGGAAUCUUCUCUGCUCCUGCCAUUUCCAGUGGUACAGGACAAACCUCCACUGAAUUAGAAGCGCAUUCAAGACAUCCCUUAGUUUCAUUUGUUGUACGAAUUGUGCCAAGCCCUGACUGGUUUGUGGGUAUUGACAGCCUAAAUCUUUGUGAAGGAGACCACUGGAUGGAAGAAGUGUCAGUAGAUCUAUUUCCAUAUGAUGCUGGAACGGACAGUGGUUUCACAUUUUCCUCCCCAAAUUUUGCCACUAUUCCACAAGACACAGUUACAGAGAUCACUUGCUCCUCUCCAAGUCACCCAGCAAACUCAUUUUAUUAUCCCAAACUCAAAAUUUUGCCACCUAUUGCUCAAGUAACAAUGGUGAAAUUAAAGAAAACCCAACCGGGUCUUCCUAUCUCUCAUCUUAAUCUGCCAGCUAAAAGCAAUGAAAUAAUAGACUCUGUCUCAGAAACACCACUGGACUGUGAGGUUUCGCAGUGGUCUUCAUGGGGUCUCUGUAGAGGUCCUUGUGGAAAACCUGGGACCAAGAUCAGAACUCGCUUUGUGCUUCUUCAGCCUGCAAAUAAUGGAACUCCCUGUCCAAAUCUGGAUGAAGAAACAGGAUGCGAACCAGAUAAUUGUGUCUGAAAUAAAGAACAGAUAAUAAUUUAGAUAAUUUAAAAGUAGGAUAAGUUUAAAUAAAUUUAAACUACAUGUCAGUCAAUGUUCCUUCUAAUUCAGGUAUGCUGUCCUAUUUUACUGAAAAGGUAUUUUAGAGUGGUUUUGAAAGUCGUUGUUUUAUCUCAAGAUUUUUGGGGGGUUAAAUUCCUAAGGUUUAGUAUAACAACAGUACUUGAUCAUUUACAGACCAAAAAACCCAGAUAAAUCCUUGUUAUAAAUAUACUGUAAGUUCUUGGAGUACCCUCUAGUGGCAGAAAGGAAGACAUUUGGAAAGAUUGUAGUUCACACAUACCAACAAAUCUUUCAAUCAUAAGAUCUAAGCUAAUAUGUUCUUAAAUACUAUAAUUUGUUGAUUUAAAGCUAUUUAUACCUAGAAAUUUAAUUUUUUUCUCUAAAUUAUGUUUAUUAUAAUUUAUUGGCGUUUUUGUUGUCUUUCUAAACAUGUUUAAUGUGCAUUACUUCAGAAACUGCUUGCAUUACUCAGAGUGGUCAGAUGUUUGCAGUAUGAUUAUGACAAUAACAUAAUGAAGGAAACAUGUCUUGAGUCUUGUGAAUGCAUGAAAAGGUUUGUUUUUCUCGAAAGUGACAAAAAUAUCUACCAUAAGGACACUUAGCCAAGAAAAUGACAAGCAGAAAUCAGAAGUUUGGAUACUAGUAGAAAAACCCUAAGCUUAAUUUAAAGUGUUAGAUGUGAUUUAAAAACUGACUAAUGGUUGGUGUGAGUCCCUCAUGGGACAACUGUCGCAAAAAUAAUCGAUAGAAAGUUAACACUGUUGACCACAACAUAAAUUAUAUAAUUCUCUUUAUAUAUGCAAUAAACGUGUCCAUGUUUCUUUAAAUGUGUUUCUUGCUACUUGUGUCAUCAUGAUCUUUGUACAGAGCAAACUUACUGAGGUUUUAGAAUUGUCUGAAAUUAAGGUAUACGUGAAUAU